CAAUUGCUCGGUGUGUGCCGCUUAUAAACACAGCCAACAACCGACUCCAGGCUUCAUGGGAAGUGCGAAAGUUUGCAGUCGGCCCUUUCAGUGCCUCAGUAUAGACCUGGUUGGACCGCUACCACCCUCAAGGAAACUAAACACUUAUAUAUUGGUAGUAGUAUGUUGUUUUACUAAAUACUGUAUGUUGUUUCCCUUGAGACGUGCAACCGGGGCUGUAAUUUCCCAGAGAUUAGAAGAUCAUGUAUUCAUGAUCCAUGGCAUCCCCCAAACAAUUAUUGCGGAUAAUGCAUCCUACUUCACCGGCGGGGACGUUCAGAAGUUGUUCGCCAACUACAAUAUCCCACAACUACACUACACCCCCGUUUACUGUCCCCAGGUCAACACCGUAGAGCGUUACAACAAGACCCUAGUAACAGCAAUAUCAACGUUCGUUGAAUCGGAUCAUCGCUCGUGGGACGUGAAUAUUUCUCGUAUACAGUUCGCUUUAAAUACCUCAGUCAAUGAAACAACAUCAUAUACUCCGUUCCUGCUCGUGCAUGGACGCCAAGCAGUACCGGAUGGCACAAUUUACGACGACCCCGAGGAGGUCGACGAAAUCGUUUUUUCCCCCCGGGGAGAGUACCUCGACAAGAUUAAGACCCUUAGGGCCAUUUACCCGACCGUGAAGGAAUUAUUACAGAAAGCUCAUGACCGCAACAUCAAGUAUUACAAUGAUAAACGUCGUGAUAUAGAAUUCAACGUCGGAGACGAAGUGUGGAAACGCACCUUCAAGCAGAGCAACGCCGGUAAAUACUUCUCGGCGAAGCUAGCACCCAAAUAUGACAAAUGUCGCGUCAUUCGGAAAAUAUCCCGUUUAGUCUACGAGUUGGAAGAUGAGAAUGGGAAGCGUCUGGGUAAAUGGCACAUAAAAGACUGCAAGCCAAGUUCUGUCCACACCACUUGACUCCUGUAACGAGACGUACCAAUACUCCACAAUCCGGGUAGUCUAUUAUCUUUUGGGAAAGCGCUUUAUUUAUUUAUUUUUUUAUUUUGUUUGUCCAUUGAAGCGACGUUGGCUUCAAUUUUUUUUUUGUUUUCUCUUUGUUUUGUCCCGUAGGCCUAGAUGCGAUUGUUUCCAGCGACGGCCCCGCGGACUCAAUUGAUGCCAAGGGACAAAUCGACGUGCGAUUGUGGGCCGUAAUCCACGUCCUAGGGAAGUCCUUAGAUUCCCUUCUCCUUACACCGUUCGGCUGGUGACACAGCUCGAGGGCGAGCUGGAAUUUUACUCCUUCGUCUUUUGCCUCUGUCGUAAAAUUCUCCUGGUUAGGGGGGUGUGUAAUGGAAAAAUAUUUAGAUAACAAAAUACUUCUAUGAAGCCGGACGGGCGAUUAAAUCUGUGUCUCGAAUAGUGUCGAUGGACUGUCAAGUUGGCAGCGAUUCCGUGUUGCCAGGGAGAUAGGUCUGAAUCCCUUCGAAACCAGUUCGAUCGCCAACUAGUUCUUACCAAAAUAAUUAUUAUCAUUCUCCAUGAACGGGUAGGAAUGUAUAGAUUGUCGAGUCUUCCUUUCCCUUUCUUAAAAAUAUCAUACCGUGCUUGUCCAGCAGCGUUUACCACGCUCUGUUCUAAUUUCCGUAUUUAGAAUUUCACGUCAGUUUUGUUAAAUGCCUUGGGAUUGUAACCCUGGCAACAUCGAAGAGGAGGCACCGAGGGAGAAUGAUUCGGCCAUUUUGGGACUUGGAUUUUCUUCCCCGACCUAGCCGGGCUCGGCUUUAUAUUAAAUAAUUGGGACAACGUUCUCAUCUUUGCCUGCCCUCAGGUGUACCUUGAGGUUAACCCGUUUCCCGAAAGGGCGAACCAGGAGCGUCCUGGGCACUUCGGAGUUGAUAUUCGAUCACUCAUAAACCCCGGCAAGACGAUUUUCCUCCGACAGGUAAGGCGUCGUUCAUAUACUUUUGUCAGAAAUUGUAUGGCGUGCCAUGCGGCCACAUAAAAGUAUCCCGCGUAGCGCUGAAUUCUAUACUGUAAUAUAACCCCAAAGGGUUACGCAUGGAAACCCUUGUUCCUAUGUGAAACGGACUCUCACGUGGCACGGACCACAGAUUCUUGGCGUGACCUGAGCCAGUGGAACUAAUCCCGUACCCGGAAUUUUCCAGGAGGUGUCUACUAGGGGCGCGGCCUUUGGUAGGCCAGAUUCUGUGCCAGUCGACCUGUGCAGCUGGCCCCGCCAGAGUCGGAGCUAUUGGAACCUCCGGCCAUCUGGUCGAGAGAGAGCCGUCGACUGUCGCUACAGUGCAGCUAAGCCUUUCACUACUUUUUCCUAAACUGCGAUUUUGGACUAUUCACCUUUUAGUAUUAACUAUCCAAUAGCGCAAUCGACCAAGUAUCACCAACAAUAAUUAAAACCCGGUUAGAUAAAUAUAAAUUUAGUUUACUAUCAAUAAGUCGUUAAGUAGUGUUUAAGCUCCAAAGUGUAAACUUAACCAGGCCGGCAAUUAAAUUGUACCUGUCCACUA